AUGGCGUACUACAAUGUCGGGGGCUAUGCGGAUGAUGUUAUCGAUUCUGAUUCAACUGGGCCAAGAGUGACGGUGAGAGAAGUUGAACGAGCUCGCUGCGAUUUCGUCCUUCAGAACUGCUCAUUAGCAUUCGCCAACUCGGUGCGUCGCGUCAUGCUAGCUGAGAUCCCCACCAUAGCGAUCGACCUGGUCAAUAUCGAGAUCAACAGCACAGUACUGCCUGACGAGUUUCUUGCGCAUCGCCUUGGCUUGGUCCCUUUACACAGUACUAGCGUCGCGGAUCGUUUGGAAUACUCUUACGACUGUUCAAAUUGCGAUGACCACUGCGAGCAGUGUUCAGUCACGUUGAGGCUUCACGUCAAAUGCACAGAGGGUGGACCAAACAUUUCCGUUUUCGCAAAAGACUUGAUAAUGGUGGAUGGUCGUGCGGACGAUAUAGGCAAACCCGUUCUCAAUGAUGCUGCAGGACAAGGUCCUCUGUUGGCCAAACUAAGGCAAGGACAAGAGCUGAAACUGUCAUGCGUGGCAAAGAAAGGAAUCGCGAAAGAGCAUGCGAAAUGGGCACCUACUGCAGCCAUCGGCUUCGAGUACGAUCCUCACAACAAGCUGCGUCAUGUCGAUUACUGGUAUGAGGUUGACGCAAAGGAAGAGUGGCCAGUAGAUCUCAAAAACGCCCAAUGGGAGGCUGAUGAGACUGCAGCUGAUGCCGCUUUUGAUCCCGAUGCACAACCUAGUGCGUUUUUCUUCGACCUCGAAGCAACUGGUGUGCUUGAACCAGAUGAAAUUGUCAGUCAAGGCGUUAAAGUCUUGCAGACCAAGCUGGCAGAGAUUAUUAAAGGCCUCGAUAAUAGUGGCGAGGCCAUGAACGGUGGGAUGAGUCCUGACGGGUACGAGCCUGCACCAGCGGAAGGUUAUUACGACAGCAACAGGACUCCCUACGGCGCCACAGCUUAUGGGCAAAAUGGGUACAGUGGCUAUUAA